UUCGUCGCUUUCCACCUCUUGUUUUCCUUCUUUCUCUCUUUCUUCAAUUGGCUUUUUCUCUUUAUUUAUUCUCUGAUAAUACAGCAUAUUAUCAUAUAUUAUAUCCUAGUAUACUAUAUCUGUUUUGACUCACAAUGGUUUCUUCUGAUAUUUCCGGAAUUAACCUCAAUAUACCGCCAAAUGACUCAAUACAGCAAAACACUACUGAUCCCAUCGACAGUGCAGAACAGCUGAAUCUUUAUGAAUACGACGAAACUCCCGAAAACAAAUCCUGGGCUUGUGCUUUGCCUACCGCAAAGGGUUUGUAUGAUCCAGAAUACGAAAAGGACGCUUGUGGUGUUGGUUUCACCUGCGAUAUCAAAGGCAGAAAAUCUCAUAAAAUUGUAUCUGAUGCAAGAUUCUUGCUUUGCAACAUGACCCAUAGAGGUGCUGUUGGCUCCGAUGCAAGAGAUGGUGAUGGUGCCGGUGUUAUGACCUCUAUUCCUCAUAAGUUUAUGCAAAGAGAAUUCCAGUAUUUUUGUAAUGUGACUUUGCCUCCUCUAGGCCAUUAUGCUGUUGGUAAUGUUUUCUUCAAAAAGGAUGAAGCUGUAUUAACUAAAUCAAAACAAACUUUCGAACAGAUUGCUUCCUCCUUAGGUCUAAGGGUUCUUGGUUGGAGAACUGUCCCCCACGACUCAUCUAUCCUCGGUCCUGCCGCCUUAUCAAGAGAACCUUUAAUUUUACAACCAGCUGUGGUUUUAGAAUCUUACUAUGGUGCUUCCAAUCAACCUGCUAAAAUCCUUUCUGACGAUCAAUUCGAAUCCGAAUAUCAAAAGCUAUUCGAUAGACAAUUGUACAUCCUAAGAAAACAAUCAACUCAUGCGAUCGGUCUCCACAAUUGGUUCUAUAUCUGUUCUUUGUCAAGUAAAAACAUUGUCUAUAAAGGUCAAUUGGUCCCUGCCCAAGUUUAUAAUUACUAUCAUGAUUUAGUCAACUCCGAAUAUGAAUGUCAUUUUGCUUUAGUUCACUCUCGUUUCUCAACAAACACUUUCCCAUCCUGGGAUAGAGCUCAACCCUUAAGAUGGGCUGCUCAUAAUGGUGAAAUCAAUACUCUUCGCGGUAACAAAAAUUGGAUGAGAGCUAGAGAAGGUGUCAUGGCUUCAGAAUUAUUUGGCGACGAACUAGAUAAAUUAUACCCAAUUAUCGAAGAAGGUGGCUCUGAUUCCGCUGCUGUCGAUAACGUCUUGGAGUUAUUAAUCAUAAAUGGUGUACUAAGUCUUCCAGAAGCUGUUAUGCUACUAAUUCCAGAAGCAUGGCAAAACAACCCAAACAUGGAUCCAAAGAAAAGAGCCUUUUAUGAAUGGGCGGCUUGUUUAAUGGAACCUUGGGAUGGUCCAGCUUUAUUUACCUUUUCUGAUGGCAGAUACUGUGGUGCUAACUUAGAUCGUAACGGUUUAAGACCCUGUCGUUAUUACAUCACAAACGAUGACCAUAUCAUUUGUGCUUCUGAAGUUGGCGUUAUUCAAAUUGAUCCAGAGAAAAUUGUAUCAAAAGGUCGUCUUAAACCUGGUAGAAUGCUAUUGGUUGAUACCAAAGAAGGCCGUAUUGUUGAUGACAGAGAAUUGAAACAAAAUGUUGCUUCAAAAUUUGACUUCAAAUCUUGGUUAUCUGCUAAUUUGAUCACUUUACCCGAUUUAACCAAUAAAUUAGAAACAAGAGGCUUUGGUCAUUGUUUAGAUGUCGACAUCUCUGGCGAUGUUACUGUUCAAAGUGACCCAUUGCUAAAAACAUUUGGCUACUCUUUUGAACAAAUCAAUUUAUUAUUAGCAACAAUGGCUCAGGAUGGUAAAGAAGCAUUAGGUUCUAUGGGUCAUGAUGGUCCUUUAGCCUGUCUUGCUGAACAACCAAGAUUAAUGUACGACUAUUUCCGUCAAUUGUUCGCUCAAGUUACUAAUCCACCAAUCGAUCCAAUUAGAGAAAGUAUUGUCAUGUCUUUAGAAUGCUACGUUGGUCCUCAAGGUAAUCUUCUAGAAAUUAAACCCACUCAAUGUGGAAGAAUUUUCUUGCGUUCCCCAAUUCUUUCCAUCCCCGAAUUUAGAGCUCUAAGCAACAUUUCAAAAGUUCUUCCAAAAUACACAGUUGCAACAAUUGAUAUAACCUUUGAUAGAUCUGAAGGUUUAUUGGGUUAUACUAACGCUAUUGAUAGAAUCUGCCAGGAAACUUCAGAAGCCAUCUUAAAUGAUUGUUCUGUCAUAAUUCUUUCUGAUAGACAAACUUCCGCAACUAAUGUCGCUGUUUCUUCUUUAGUUGCCUGUGGUGCUGUUCAUCAUUAUUUAGUUCGUCAAAAACAAAGAUCAAAAGUUGCUUUAUUCCUUGAAACUGCUGAAGCAAGAGAAGUUCAUCAUAUCUGUGUUUUGCUUGGUUAUGGUGCUGAUGCUAUCAACCCUUACUUAGCAAUGGAAACCUUAAUCAGAAUGAACCAUGAAGGUUUACUUCGUAAGGAGCUAUCUGAUGAGCAAGUAAUUGAAAACUAUAAACACUCUAUUGAUGGUGGUGUUUUGAAAGUUAUGUCAAAAAUGGGUAUCUCAACUUUAGCUUCUUAUAAAGGUGCUCAAAUUUUUGAAGCCUUGGGGGUUGAUAAUUCUGUUGUUGACCGUUGUUUUGCAGGUACCGCAUCAAGAAUAAAAGGUAUUACUUUUGAAUAUAUUGCUCAAGACGCUAUUUCAUUACACGAACGUGGGUUCCCUACCAGAGCUACUGUCAAAUUAGAUACCUUGCCUGAAACUGGUGAAUAUCACUGGAGAGAUGGUGGUGAUCCUCAUAUUAACAACCCUGUUGCUAUUGCAAAUAUUCAAGACGCUGUUAGAAAUAAAAACGAAAAGGCUUAUGAAGCAUAUUCUAAGAAUGAAUAUGAAGCAAUCAAAAGUUGUACACUAAGAGGUUUAUUAGAUUUUGAUUUUGAAAAUUCCAAGCCAGUGCCAAUUGACCAAGUCGAACCUUGGACUGAAAUCGUUAGAAGAUUUGUAACUGGUGCCAUGUCUUAUGGUUCUAUUUCUAUGGAAGCUCACUCAACAUUGGCUGUUGCAAUGAACAGACUAGGAGGUAAAUCUAACACUGGUGAAGGUGGUGAAGACCCUGAACGUUCAAUUAUAUUUGAAAACGGUGAUACCAUGAGAUCUGCUAUUAAACAAGUUGCAUCUGGAAGAUUUGGUGUCACAUCCUAUUACUUGUCUGAUGCUGAAGAAUUGCAAAUUAAAAUGGCUCAAGGUGCUAAACCAGGUGAAGGUGGUGAGCUACCAGGUCAUAAAGUAUCAACAUCAAUUGCUAAGACUCGUCAUUCAACUCCAGGUGUUGGUUUAAUUUCCCCACCUCCUCAUCAUGAUAUUUAUUCUAUUGAAGAUUUGAAACAAUUGAUUUAUGAUUUGAAAUGUUCAAACCCUAGAGCCCGUGUUUCGGUCAAAUUAGUUUCAGAAGUUGGUGUCGGCAUUAUUGCUUCUGGUGUCGCCAAAGCCAAAGCUGAUCACAUUUUGAUUUCUGGUCACGAUGGUGGUACUGGUGCUGCUCGUUGGACAGGUAUUAAAAACGCAGGUUUGCCUUGGGAAUUGGGCUUAGCUGAAACCCAUCAAACAUUAGUUCUCAAUGAUUUAAGAGGUCGUGUAAUUGUUCAAACUGACGGUCAAAUUAAAACUGGACGCGAUAUUGCAGUUGCAUGUUUACUUGGUGCUGAAGAAUGGGGUUUUGCUACUGCUCCAUUAAUUGCAAUGGGUUGUAUUAUGUUGAGAAAAUGUCAUCUUAACACUUGUGCUGUUGGUAUUGCUACUCAGGACCCUGAGCUACGUAAGAAAUUCAAAGGUACUCCAGAACAUGUUAUCAACUUCUUUUAUUAUUUAUCUCAAGAAUUACGUGGAAUCAUGGCCAAAUUAGGUUUUAGAACUAUUAAUGAGAUGGUUGGUCGCGCCGAAAAAUUAAAGGUCAGAGAUGACUUGAGAACAACCAAAAGUGCAAAUCUUGAUUUAUCCCCCAUUUUGACACCAGCUCAUACCAUUCGUCCAGGCGUUGCAACUCGUUGCGUCAAAAAACAAGACCAUAGAUUACAUGUUCGUCUUGAUAACAAAUUGAUAGAUGAAUCUGAAGUAACUCUUGAUCGUGGAUUGCCAGUUACUAUUGAAGCAGACAUUAUUAACACUGAUCGUGCUUUGGGUUCUACCUUAUCAUACCGUAUCUCCAAAAAGUUUGGCGAGCAAGGAUUACCUCAUGAUACUGUCCAUGUGAAUAUCAAAGGUAAUGCUGGUCAAUCAUUUGGUGCAUUUCUUGCUCCUGGUAUUACUUUGGAACUUGAGGGCGACGCAAAUGAUUAUGUUGGUAAAGGUUUAUCUGGUGGUCGUCUUAUUAUAUACCCACCUAAAAGCUCUUCAUUCAAAGCUGAAGAAAACAUUAUUAUUGGUAAUACCUGUUUAUAUGGUGCUACAUCCGGUACAGCUUUUUUCCGUGGUAUUGCUGCAGAACGUUUUGCUGUUCGUAAUUCUGGUGCCAAUGCUGUUGUUGAAGGUGUCGGGGAUCAUGGUUGUGAGUAUAUGACUGGUGGUCGUAUUGUGGUUUUAGGUAAAACUGGAAGAAACUUUGCUGCUGGUAUGUCUGGUGGUAUCGCUUAUGUUUUGGACAUUGGCCAAGAACUUACUGAAAAUAUUAAUCCGGAAUUAGUUGAAUUGAUUUCCUUAAGUGAUCCAGCUGAAAUUGCUUUUGUGCGAGCUUUAAUUGAAGAUCAUGUUCAUUACACAGGCUCUGAAUUGGGUGAAUCUGUUUUAGCGGAUUUUAACCGUAUAUUACCUCGUUUUGUCAAGGUUUUGCCUACUGAAUAUAAAAAGGUCUUAGAAGCCGAAAAGAGAAAGAUUGAAAAUAACAGGAAGCUUGAGAUCCAACGUUUCCUCAAAACUAUUCGUCAAGAUCCUGAAUCCGAUGUUACCAAUGGGGAAAUUAUGAAGAAAAAAGCUCAUCUUAAAAAUCAAUUGAAAAAAGUUGUUUCAUUCAAGGAAACAGCUAAGGAACCAAAAGUUAUGGACUUAGAAGAUACCAUUAUUAACGUUUCUCAAGAAAAGAAAAACUUUGCUAAAAUCGAUAGAAUUCGUGGUUUUAUGAAAUACAAGCGUCGUAAGGAAAGAUAUAGACCUGCAAAAGACCGUCUUAAAGAUUGGAAUGAAAUGUCAUCAAGACUAACAAGAGAAGAAUUGCAAUACCAAGCAGCACGUUGUAUGGAUUGUGGUACUCCAUAUUGUUCUUCUGAUACCGGUUGUCCAAUUUCAAACAUUAUUCCUAAAUGGAAUGAACUUGUUUUCAAAGAUAGAUGGUUUGAUGCAUUACAAAGAUUGUUGAUGACAAAUAAUUUCCCAGAAUUCACUGGAAGAAUUUGUCCUGCUCCUUGUCAGGAAUCUGCUUGCACAUUGAAUUUGGUUGAUGACCCAGUUUCUAUCAAAGCCAUUGAGGCUGCUAUUAUUGAUCAUGGUUUCAAUCAAGGUUGGAUCAAGCCCAGCCCUCCAAGCUUCAGAACUGGAAAAAAAGUUGCUAUUGUUGGCUCUGGUCCUGCUGGUUUAUCUUGUGCUGAUCAAUUAAAUAAAGCUGGUCAUUUAGUGACUGUUUUUGAAAGAUCAGAUCGUCCAGGUGGUCUUUUAAUGUACGGUAUUCCAAACAUGAAAUUAGAUAAGAGAAUUGUUAAACGUCGUACUGAUUUAUUGGAAGCAGAAGGAAUCACUUUUGAAUGCAAUGUAACCAUUGGGGAAGACGUCACUGUUGAAGAACUCAAAGAUGAAUAUGAUUCUGUUGUUUUAUGUGUGGGAUCAACCAUUCCUCGUGAUUUAAAGAUUCCAGGUCGUGAAAAUAAAAACAUUAUGUUUGCUAUGCAAUUAUUACACUCCAACACCAAAGCUUUGUUGGAGAAUGAACUUGAAAACAUAAGAAAAACCUUAGAAGGUAAAAAUGUCAUUGUCAUUGGAGGUGGUGAUACUGGUAACGAUUGUUUAGGUACUGCUACUCGUCAUGGUGCCAAGUCAGUUGUCAACUUUGAAUUGUUACCUCAUCCUCCAGCAGAUCGUUCAAAAGACAAUCCAUGGCCCCAAUGGCCUCGUAUUUUUCGUGUUGAUUAUGGUCAUGUUGAAGUUGAGGAAAAAUACGGAAAAGACCCUCGUGAAUACUGCAUCUUAUCUAAGGAAUUCAUCGCUGAUGAAGAUGGUAAUGUCAGAGGUAUCAAAACUGUUAGAGUUGAGUGGAAGAAAUCAGAAAGUGGUGCCUGGCAAAUGGCUGAAAUUCCUGGCUCUGAAGAAAUUUUUGCUGCUGAUGUUGUUUUAUUAUCUAUGGGUUUCAUUGGUCCUGAGGUUGAGAAUUUAGAAGCUCCAAGAAACAAACGUGGUAACAUUUCUACCAUAAAUCCAAAAGGAUACAAAGUUGAUAAUGAAACUAAUUUGUUUGCUGCUGGUGAUUGUCGUCGUGGUCAAUCCUUAGUUGUUUGGGGCAUCCAAGAAGGUAGGCAGUGUGCUAGAGAAGUUGAUAACUAUCUUAUAGGAUCCAGUAAUUUACCUGGUGAUGGAUCAAUUCUUCAACGUGAUUUUAAAUUACUUGAAGAAUUGGCCUCUAUUGCAUAAACUAAUAUUGAUAAGCUUCUAUAAGCGUUGUUUUGGUAAACUAAUUU